AUGACUACAACUAAUGCAGAGGAUCUGUUUAUAUGUGGAAAAUGUCGUAUGAAUUUCACAGAUUUGAAUUUGUUUUUGACGCAUCGAUCGACAUGUAUUGGUCAACAAACAGCGAAUCUGUUUCAACUACCGAAUGAUCCACCAACAAAUUUACUCGAACGUGAACUCGAUGCAAUUAUUGAAGAUGUUUCAUUAUCGAUUCCGUCGAACUCAAAUCUGUUUUAUCCAACGAUGCAACACGAAAUUCCUUCUACAAACGAGUUUGACCUCUUAUUUUCUCAACCUGUCGAACAAACACCAACAGACACGGAAUCUACUCUUAAUCCUCUCCUCUCAGCUUCAACUGAAUACUGCUCGAUAGAAAAUUCGCUAUCACAAAUGAGUCUUCUCGAAUGUCCAGUUUGUGACGAACAAUUCGAUGCACCGGUUGUACUAGAGAAUCAUGUUUUUGAACAUUCAACCUGGAUUGAUGACAAUGAAAAUCUCAAUUCCAAAGGUAUCUCAUCAUCUCUCGACGAUUCGUCGUCCAGUUACACUGAUUUGCUCGACGAACAAGCAGCACAACCUUUAGAAUGUAAACAGUGUACUGUUACAUUUGCUUCCAAUGCAUCAUUAAAUAUUCACAAGAAAAUGAUACAUUGUCUCAACCCUGUUUUUCGUUGUUUAAAUGAUGCAUGUGCACAAUUAUUUGAUAAGCCUGUCGACUACAUCCUUCACGCACGUAUUCAUAGUCAAAAACGUCAUGUUAUCUCUCGACGUUCGUCUCGUAGUAACGCUUAUCAUCGUCGUCGCAAACGUACCUAUCGUUGCCGAUUAUGCAAACAAGCAUUUCAAACGUCCGAGCUAUUGCAGUAUCAUAUGCAUUACGAAACGCACAAGUUUCUUUGUCAACUAUGUCCAGCUGAAUUCGAAUCGAAUAAUUCGUAUCAUAAUCAUGUUGCUAAACAUUCGGAUCUCGCACCCUAUCGUUGUACGAUAUGCAUUGAAACGUUUCAAAAGCGUAACGAUCUUUCUCGACAUGUAAUGACUGAACAUAAUGCUGAUAUACCAAAUCAGAAAAGUUGCUCGGCGUGCAAAUUAACUUUUAAAACAACGUUUCAUCUAAAUCGACAUAACGUCACGAAACAUUCAGAUAUCAAACCAUAUAAAUGCGAACAAGAUGGUUGCGAACAAGCAUUUGCGCGGAAGGAUAAAUUAAAGCAACAUGCAGCGAAGCACAGCGCAACAGGCGGCUUAUUUCAAUGUCAUGCAUGUGUGAAAACAUUCGUACGACCGGAACAUUUACGUGAUCAUGAUAUCGUGCGACAUUCACAUCAGUAUCCAUUUCGCUGUGAAUUGUGUCGGAAAGGUUUUCUACAUCAAAAUCAACUGUAUGCUCAUCAUAAACAACGUCAUCAGACUGAAAAUCAAAACAACACUGACAAGUCCGAUUAUCUUCUUCUAGAACAAUCUCAAGAAGUAUUCGGUAGUAAUGAUGAUUCGAUCGACCUAUUCCUAGAUGGACAAUGA